AUAUUAUUUUCUAAUUUAACAACAAGCCACGCCUUCUCAUUAAUAACCAAAGCAGCAAGAUGGCUGCUCCAGACGACCUUGAAGAAAUCGAGCUGCGGCCAUUGGGAGAGGGAGAUAUUGAGGUUGAUCCUAAUGGCGAGAGUCCUGUAUUGGGCAGGCCAACUACAGAGCUCCUCGAGACUAUUGUUAAGCAUCCUGAGCAGAUCUUAAGACCACCUGAGAGCAGAAUGAAGAAGAAUUGGCACAGGUCAUUCAUACCACCUGAACCUAUUCUAACUGCAAUCAAGGUCCCUUCCUCCAGGAGGGAAUGCAAGUAUUUCUUGUUCACUCGCUUCCCAAUAAUUGGCUGGUUGUGGAUAUAUCAGCUUAAGUUUCUACUGGGAGACAUUAUAUCUGGCAUCACUAUUGCUGUUAUGCAUAUUCCUCAAGGUCUGGCUUACGGAUUAUUGUCAGGACUGCCCGCAGUGUAUGGAUUAUAUGGAUCAUUUGUACCUGUCAUUGUUUACUCGUUUUUAGGAACAUCGAGACACAUAUCUGUCGGAACUUUUGCAGUUGUUAGUUUAAUGGUGGCUAAUGGUAUCACUCACGUGCUUGAAAGCAAUGAAGAAAUGUAUCCCUGCCUAAAUGGCACUGAAAAUAACGAUAUAAUAGUCAGUAUAAGUGGAACAGAGAUGAGUUGUGAGGAGCUAAAAGUUAAAAUAGCAGUUACACUUUCAUUUCUCUCUGGAAUAUUCAUGAUAAUUUUAGGAUUAUUUAAGUUUGGAUUUAUCACUAUACUCUUGUCCGAGUCACUGAUCUCCGGCUAUACGACUGGAGCUGCAGCCCAUGUAUUUACUAGUCAAGCUAAGCAUAUAUUUGGACUGGAUAUAGAACCAAUAAGAACACUUUUUAGCAUUCCUAAGAUAUGGGUGGAAGUAUUUAAAUCAUUGCCGACCACUAAUAUUGCUACCCUACUAAUCUCUAUUGUUACCAUCAUCACUCUUAUUAUAUUUCGUAUUGUUGACCGUAAAGUUAUUCGUAAGCUAAAGAUACAAUGCUGGUCUUAUUCAUCACAGAGGAAAGGCUGUUUCAAAAAUAAAGAUAAAUUCAAGUGGCCGGUGCCAUUACCUUCACAAUUAAUUGUCGUUGUUGUCGGUGCUAUUAUCUCAUAUGCGGCUAGUUUUAGUCACAAAUUUGAUGUUAACAUUAUCGAGGAGGUCCCACUAGGGCUACCAAGUCCUAGCCUUCCCACUGUCUCAUACAUGAUUCCUUUGAUACAAGAUGCUGCCGUCAUAUCUAUUGUCACUUUUUCUGUCUCGAUAUCUUUAGCGCAAGUUUUUGCAAAGCAGCACAAUUAUACUGUGUCUCCCGAUCAAGAGUUUAUAGCUUACGGUGCUAUGAAUUUGGUUGGGUCAUUCUUUUCUUGUCUUAACACUGCUGGCAGUCUAUCAAGAUCAACUGUACAAUCUGUCUCUGGCGGAAAAACACAAUUAGUUGGUCUUAUUUCAUCAAGUAUCAUGCUCUUGGUGUUAGUGGCAUUGGGUCAUUUAUUUGAACCGCUACCUAAUGCUGUUUUAGCUUCUAUAAUAUGGGUAGCAUUGUAUGGAAUGUUCUCUCAAAUAGUUGAUGUCUGGAGAUACUUCAAGCUAUCAAUGUCAGAUAUGUUCAUAUGGCUAGUUGUCUUUACAGCAACAGUACUAUUAGGAGUGGAUCUAGGACUAGGUAUUGGUGUUGGUUUCUCUCUUGCUGUUAUACUCUUUAAGAUUGUCCUACCCAAAUCAUUAGAACUUGACCCUAAAAGCUAUGAUGAUAUAGCUAACAAAGAAUUGAUUACGAGACUUCCUGAUGUUAUCAUUUAUCGGUUCCAAGCCCCGUUGUGUUUUAUCAAUUGUAAAGUGUUUCAAGCUCGUUUAGAUAUUGUGUGUGGCAUUGAUAGAAGAGCAUCAUCGGACGAUAAGCCUGGCUGCAUUCAAGCAUUGUUUUAUAAAAUAUUGAAAAAGAAGAGAGGAAAUUGGAGCCCUCAUUCACCUACGCAUCCUGUCAAUAAAGUCCAUACAUUAAUACUGGAUUGUUCGUCAAUCGGGUUUAUGGAUGCCAUGGGAGUGAAAACAAUGCAGCAACUUGUUUUAGACUUCGACAAGUUUGGUAUACAAGUGUUGUUUGCUGCUCUAACAAGCAAUAAUUAUGCUAUGCUAGAGAGAGUUGGGUUUUUUGAUAAAUGUGGUAAAGAGUGGAUAUUUCGUACACUAGAUGAUGCCACAAGGCAUGCAACUGCUGGAGCUAAAUUACGUCCUGGACAUAAGGAGGAGGCAUUGUACACUGUUACUAAUCUGGAAGAUUCUGAAGAACAGGCUAAGGCAUAAUUCAGGAAAUAUUAAUGAAAAUCUAGAACCAUGAACCAUGAUAAUUAUUUAUGGUGUUAUUUAAUAUUGUGAUUGAUCAUGCUCAAUAGUUGUUCAUGUAUUAUGAUUUAUA